AUAAAGCUUGCUCAUCAAGUUCUUCAACCUCAUCAAAAGUCCAUAUCACAGGUCUAAGCACCCUAUUAUGGUGGGUACGAUUCGAAGGAGAGUCAGAUCAAGAUCCAGCAUGCGGGUAUCGACCAGAAAAUUGGCAGCAACAUUUUGGAAAAUGAAUGAAAUGCCCUUGUCUGAGGUCAUGGAAAAGAAGGAAUUACAGAGUGAAAAUUUGAGCGUGGUGCUUUCGGCUUCAGUGUCUCAUUCAACUGAUCACGCUCCUGGUGUUUCUGUCUCUCGGAGAACGGAUAGGUUCAUACCUCGUAGUCAUCAGAGCAGGCUUUCUGAGUCGCUGGAACGCAAACAUUUGGAACCAACUGUUAGAGUAGUGGCUGAUGUGGAUCAGCGUAGUAGUGCAAGUUCGAUGGAGGUGAUAGAUAUUUAACUUACAUAGUAGUAAUUGUUAUUGUAACUCUAUGGCUCUUUGUUAGCUACUUGUUCAAAGUUUACUGCCUGUUUAACUGUUUCUGCAGACUGAAAUCAGUUAUCGAGCCCGGACUCCAAGAGAGCCCAUAGUUGGAUUCAGGACUCGUCUAAAGGAUGUUAAUAAUGCUUUAGUCACUUCGAAAGAGUUGCUGAAAAUUAUUGACCGCAAUUUGGCUCACAACGACCAACUCACAUCGUGCAUGUCUCUUGUCUCCGCCUUGCAUUCUGAGCUUGAAAGAGCUUGUCAGCAGGUAAAUCAACUCAUCAGAGAACAACAAGCGGUAGAAAUGGCUAUUGAGUCAAUUGCUGGUGAACUUAAAGCGGAGAGGAGGCUAAGGUACCAAUAUGAGAGCUUAAACAAUAAGCUCGAUAGGGAACUAAGUGAAACAAAAAUUACACUUACUAACAGAAUCAAAGAGCUAGCAAGCGACAACAAAGCAAGAAAGAGAACAGAGAAAGUGUGUCAUAAAUUAGCUUUGGAUAUUAGUCAUGAGCAGUUUGAGAGGGAACACGAGAUUCUACAACUAUCUGGGAGGUUGGGGGAAAAGAAAGUCCACAGAGAACUUUUGGAGUGCAAGGAUCAUUUCGACGAGAAAAAUGGGGUUGUAGAGAGGCUGAGGAAUCAGUUUGAAGCAUUUUUUAAAUCCAACAAAUCUGAGAAAAGAAAUUGCAACAAGAUCACGACAUACUCUAGUAGAACCCACUCUAGGUCUAACAAGAAUGAAGAAAGAGAAUGCAGUGGAGAAGUAGGUAAUAGUUCUGCAGAAAGUGAUCUUCAUUCCAUAGAAUUGAACAUGGACAAGAAAAGAGGGAGUUUCAGGUGGAUUCAUGCCUCUACUGCUGCUAGGGACAGUUUAUCAACUGAUGAUGAAACGAGAGCAAGGAAGUACAUCUCAGAAACAGUUCAAAACAAAAGCAAUUAUAUUCAGGGGAGCGUAUCAGAUGGAUUUCAACGUGGUAUUCGUGCUGGAAAUACCCCGAGCUCAGUAAAUUUACUACAGCAGAAGAGAUGUUAUAGGCCUGGCAAAAAAUCUCAAACAAAAGGGGACAACUGCGAAUUGCUGAGACAAAAAUCAGUGAAGGACCUUAAGGACAAGAUAUUGUCUAAUUAUAGCUUAGGAUCAGGUGGCGAGUUCAGUAGUCCCAUUCAGGAAUUGACGGAUCCGCUGCAUUCACAAUAUAUUGGUCAUGUAAAACAGAUACCUCGGUUAAAGCAGAGGCUUAGUACAAAGUCGAGGCUGGGGGAAAUCGGAGCAGAACAAAGAAGAAUUAGUAGGCAUUUUGUUGAAUGAUAUUUAAACCUCGAACAUUCAAAUGUACAUGAAAUCAAGACUAAAGGAAUCCUGGAAUGAACCAAGCGUGCUUGCAAGAAUUGAAUAUGUAGGAUUUUCGUUUAAAGUAGCGCUGGCGGUCUUGUCUAUGGUCUAUGGACCCUGUAAAAAAUUAUGCUUGUGUCUAACAGAGCUAUGUUUGUGCUUGAAGUAUAAUCCAGAAUCCAAACUAGUUAUUUACACUUGAUUAUUUGCAGCUGAACUGAUUUUAAGUUGG